AUGGCACCCCCUUGCUUCACCAAGGUCUACCGCAAGAGCACGUACCCAGCAAUUGAUCCCUCAAGGCCUGAGUUAUCGGCAAAGGACAAGACUGUGGUAGUGACGGGGGCAGGCGAAGGGAGCAUUGGCGCUGCUGUGGCCUUAGCAUUUGCAAAAGCAGGCGCCCGGAAAAUCGCGUUGAUCGGCAGAACAGAGGAGUCGCUUCAGAAGACCAAGACAGCAAUUGAUCAAUUAUUCCCAGACGCCACGGCCGUGGUCUACAUUGCAGAUGUCUCUAGAACGGAGAGCGUGGGCAUAGCUGCACAUCACAUCCGAGCGGAAUUAGGGGCCUGGGAUGUCUUUGCAAAUUGUGCAGGGUACUUCCCAGACUUGACCACAAUCACGGGGGCAGAUGAAGAUGACUGGUGGAAAGCAUUCGAGAUCAAUGUGAAGUCCUCAGCUCAUUUUGCAAAGCACUUUCUGCCCAAGUGCCGUCCGAAUGCGACGUACAUCAGCACCAAUGCUGCGGCUUGUCACUUGGGGGCUACACGGCUUCCCAAAAGCUCGUCGUACGUUGCCUCGAAGUUAGCUUUGGCCAAGCUUGACGAGUAUGUGGCGGAGGAGAAUCCAAGACUCCGGGUAUUUACAGUCCAUCCCGGCGUGGUUUCUACCAAGAUGAGUGAAAAAGCCUUCGGAAACCUUGAUCACUCUCCGGCUGGUGAUUUUUUCGACGCACCAGAACUCCCAGCGAAUUUUAUGGUCUGGCUCGCAAGUUCGGAAGCCGAUUUCCUCAAGUCGGGAAGAUUUCUGUGGGCUAAUUGGGACGUCGAGGAGUUGAUCGCCCGCAAAGCAGAGAUUGAAGCGGACCAAGCGCUAUUCAGGAUCACCAUUGGAGGGUGGCCGUUUCAGUAA